CACCAGACUUGAAAGAAGGCGAUAAACGAAACUGAACUUUUCCGGCGAUUUACCUGCGUCCCAACGUUUUGUUUUGCGCUAGCGAGCGUGAUACAAAAACAUACCAUUUAUAAGAAGAGAGUCAACUUCAUAGCCCUUGAUCACCAUGGCACAUUAUAGAGCUCCUGACUCCAAAAGGGAACAGUUCCGGAGAUACUUGGAGAAAACUGGUGUUGUUGACAGUCUUACCAGUGUUUUAGUGGCUUUGUAUGAACAACCUGAAAAGCCCAACAAUGCCCUGGAAUUUGUGAAGCAGCAUCUCAAUUCUGGGGGUCAGUCGUCAGCCGACUCUGAGGCUCUGCAGCAGGAAGUGAUUCACUUAAGGCAGAGGUGUGCUCGUCUGGUAGAGGAAAACAAAGAGCUUAAAUCAAGGCUCAAUGAACCUGAAGACGGCGCUUCAACUGAAAACUGACGCCGAGGUUACAGCAGCGUUUUGACCUAAAUAAUGUGGUAUUUGUUUAUUUUGUUCACUUGAACAUAAAGGCCAAUAAUUUGUAGGUACCUGGUUCUGUAAAUCUUAUUUUCUAAUAUGUUUCUUAGAGUUUAACUUAUUCUGUACAUGUAUGUAUAUAAGUUUGUUACUUGUUUGUUACGUCUUUAUCUUAACUAAGAAAACUCACUUCUAUACGACUGAAUAAGUCAGUUCUUAAGACAUAAGACAUCUAAUUAUUUUGGAGUGUCUGUAAAAGGAAAUAACAGAUAUGCUGUUAAUUUUAUUUUCUGUCAUAGUUAUAAACACACAUGCCUGCUGUCAUGGCAAUGUGUGACAAAGACACACUUUAUUUCCAAAGAUCUGCUGUAACUAAACAAUUGUUAAAUAAAGCACAUUCUUCCAAACA